AUGUCGAACGAACAGACGUACAUCAUGAUCAAGCCGGACGGCGUCCAGCGCGGUCUGGUCGGUAAGAUCAUCCAGCGUUUUGAGGAUCGUGGCUAUCAGCUUGUGGCCAUGAAGCUGGUCCAGGCUGGUGAGGACCACCUCGAAAAGCACUACAAGGACCUCAAGGGCAAGCCCUUCUUCCCCGGCCUGAUCAAGUACAUGGCCUCGGGUCCAGUAGUCGCUAUGGUUUGGCAGGGCAAGGAUGUUGUCAAGCAGGGCCGUGCUCUUCUCGGUGCCACGAACCCCCUCGCCUCGGCUCCUGGCACGAUCCGCGGCGACUUCUGCAUUGACGUCGGUCGCAACAUCUGCCAUGGCUCGGACUCGGUCGAGUCGGCCAAGGCUGAGAUUGCUCUUUGGUUCGGCGAGCAGGACGCUACCAUUUCGUACCCUCGCGCUGUCGACCAGUGGAUCUACGAGUAA